UUUUUAAUUGGAAACUUGGAAGGCCCUUGUGGUUAAUUUUUCUAGGAUAAUUCACUGGUCCAUGAGCUAAAAUAUUAAAUCCAAUUUCACGCAUCUCAAGAACCGUGUCGUCAUCAUUGGAUCUCUUACGUAUUUUUUUCUGCUUGAUCCCUUUACUUACAAAUAUCAUUUCAUCUCUUCUUUUGGGAAAAACUAAAUUCAAUUCUUUAUUUCUACUAUUUUCUUUACACACAAAUUCUCAAGCCAAAAUCAAGGUCGGAGAAUAUGCAGCGCAGUGCAGAACGAAUCGCCACCAUCUCAGCCCACCUUAACCCUUCUUCUUAUCAGAUGGAGGACGGUGUGGGGUUGAGCCAAGCUAAUUGCAGGGCAAAAGGAGGUUCUCCAGGAUUCAAAGUCGCGAUUUUAGGUGCUGCAGGAGGUAUUGGUCAGCCACUUGCAAUGCUUAUGAAGAUGAAUCCGUUGGUUUCGGUUUUGCAUCUUUAUGAUGUUGCCAAUACUCCUGGUGUAACUGCUGAUAUUAGUCACAUGGACACUGGUGCUGUGGUUCGUGGUUUUCUAGGGCCUCAACAAUUGGAAGAUGCUCUCACUGGCAUGGACCUUGUAAUCAUCCCUGCUGGUGUUCCUAGAAAACCAGGCAUGACAAGAGAUGAUCUUUUCAACAUAAAUGCAGGGAUUGUAAAGACUUUAUGUGAAGGAAUUGCCAAGUGCUGUCCUAAGGCCAUUGUCAACAUAAUUAGUAAUCCUGUAAACUCUACAGUACCAAUUGCUGCAGAGGUUUUCAAGAUGGCUGGCACUUUUGAUCCCAGGAGACUUUUGGGUGUCACUAUGCUUGAUGUUGUUAGAGCUAAUACCUUUGUGGCUGAAGUUUUGGGGCUUGAUCCCAGGGAAGUGGAUGUUCCAGUUGUUGGGGGCCAUGCUGGCGUUACAAUUCUACCUCUUCUUUCCCAGAUUAAGCCUCCUUGUUCUUUUACCCCUGCGGAAACUGAAUAUUUAACAUCUCGUAUACAAAAUGGUGGAACUGAGGUUGUUGAGGCAAAAGCUGGUGCUGGUUCGGCAACUCUCUCUAUGGCAUAUGCCGCGGUUAAAUUUGCCGAUGCAUGUUUGCAUGGAUUGAGAGGAGAUGCUUCCAUUGUUGAAUGUGCCUUUGUGUCUUCCCAGGUGACUGAGCUUCCAUUUUUCGCAUCAAGAGUACGGCUUGGGCGUAAUGGAGUUGAAGAGAUAUACCCUCUUGGUCCGCUAAAUGAAUACGAGAGAUCUGGACUUGAGAAGGCAAAGAAAGAGCUGGCUACAAGUAUUCAGAAGGGUGUCACCUUUGUAAAGAAAUGAGCAGGCAACUAAAUGACCUCCAAAAGAUGUUUUUGACUUUUCGUUGCCAUAUAUCUCAAUUCCAUAGUUCCAGAAAAAUAAGAGUAGUUCCUUUGUUGUAUAAAAGGAUAUCAUGUUCCACUUUCUACACUUUGUUGCCUUAGUGCAGAAAAUAAAUGUAGUAUCUGGUUAUGUAAAACAAUUACAAUGGCCCUAGUGGAUGUCAAGGCUUUCAAAGUAUUACAUCCCUUUGAAGCAA